AUGGUACAGCCGAAAUGGACAACCCUGUUGUAUGCCACUAUCUGUUUCUUUGCUGUCUCUGCUAAUGGAGCUCUUACAAAGACUAGAAGGGGCUAUCCGAGCAGAGCAGUAGUUUUACAGGGCAAACAUGACACGAGUAGAGCCAGCGUUUUGUCCAGAUAUCCACAUGGAACCGGAUUCGGUUCAAUUAGAGGAAAUUCGAGAUCUGUGUCAGGAAAACUGAAUUCCAUAGACAGUAAGCGGAUACACAGCAAACUGCAGAGCACUGUAGGAAAAGCUCUGGACAGACGCAGUAAGAACAGUCUCAUCAACUCAGCUCUCAGGCGGGUGUCAAAAAUCUCAGAUUUCCAUACCAUGCCAGGACUUCCGGUUGGGACGGUAUCAGGGAAGAAGCUUCCUUCAUCCAGACAUCACCAUUUGAGAUCAAACAAGAAACUUAUUCAUUUGAUGAAAACAGGAAGGGGCGCUGCAUCAACUGGUGGACUGUCGAUAAGGUCAAGGUCAAGGAAAGGUCAUCUAGGUAGAAAACGGCUCCAUCAUCGUCGUAGAGGGUCGAAGUUGAUUUCCUCCCACCAUGGAGCUCAAGGAGAGGGCAGUGCUGGUCUUUCUGUGUCAAGAAGGGCAUCUCUUGGGGCAUUAGGAACAAGAACUGGACAUUUAGACAGAGGGGCCUCACAUCUCGAUGCAUUACACCUUUCAGAACAUGCAGGUUCUCAUUUGGACGCCGGUAUAGGACAUCAUGGUUCUUUAUCUCACACUGAUCUAAGUUCUGCUGGUCAUCUGGGAGCAGGUUUACAUGGACAGCACUCUUUAACUCACCCAAAACUUCCUUCUUCUAGGUUAGGUCACGCAGAACUGUCUUCUAUCGGUUUAGGUCACGCAGGACUAUCCUCUAGCGGUUUAGGUCAUGCAGAACUGGCUUCUAGCGCCUUAGGUCACGCAGAUCUAAGAUCUUCUGGUCAGUUGGGAUCGGGUAUACAUGGACAACCUUCUCUCAGUCACCCAGAAAUUUCUUCUAGUGGUUUGGCUCACACAGCUCAAGACGCACACUUGAUAUCUUCGCUCGUAGAUCAAGGAAGCCAAGUGAAUCCUGAUGUCGCUUCCUUCUUGCCAAAUUUCGUUGCUGACGAACCAAAGAUUUUUCUAGAUAAACAGUCCUCGGUCAAGAAUACAUACCCACAGAUAGUAGUGGGUCGACCGGAACCAUUAUUGGCUGCCCCUGUACUUCCGCUUUCUCUGGGGUCUGACGGUCAUGUUUUGACGUCAUCAAAUACCCAAACAAAUGAAGUUCUUAAGUCUGUACUUAGCACAUUAACAAGUUCAAAGUCUCUAACACAACAGGCAAUUGCCGUACUACUGCAAUCAAUAAGAAAUGCCAUAGACCAACAGAAUAAAUCGGUUGGAGUUGGGUUUAAGGGACCCAAGAUUAAGUUGUCACCAAUUAUCCAUGCUGGCGCAAACGCGGUAACGUCAGAAAAUAUUAUUAAAAUAAAAGAACCAGACAAUGGAUCGACCAUUGUAUUGAAGACUGGUGGUCAGUUGGAGAUUAGUUCCGGGGUACCAGGCAAACCCACCUUUAAGAUAUACGGCAUUAAACCAUCUACCCUGGCAAAAGUAUUCAAAGAGGACGACACUGACGAUGAGAAGAAAAGAAAGUUGAAAAUCAAAGCUUAG